CUCUAGGAGAGCAGUGUCGUAUAGAAUAGAUAUAUUUGUACACAUAUGAACGGUUCUGGUGUACAUUUUUUUCACCAUGAUUCCUAAUAACUCCCUCACGUAAAUAUGUUUCGUCUACAGGACAAUUUUAUUUCUUGAUAAUCGCUUUUCUAUCCGUGAUAAUUACUUUUUUUAAGCUCCCAUCUUGCGACGGAACAGCUGUUCGUAGAAGUUUCAUCAGAUCUUGGUAGUUUCCAGAAAUAGAAGUGUCAAGAAAGUAACACCGACGUUAUCAAAAUGGUGUUAGCAGAUCUUGGAAGGAAGAUUACUUCGGCUUUAAAAUCUUUGAGCAAUGCCACCAUUAUCAAUGAAGAGGUUCUUAAUGAAAUGCUCAAAGAGAUCUGCAAGGCUCUCUUGGAAGCAGAUGUUAACAUUAAACUUGUAAAACAGCUACGAGAGAAUGUGCGCUCUGUGAUAGACUUUGAGGAAAUGGCUGGAGGACUUAAUAAGCGCAGAAUGAUUCAGUCUGCUGUCUUCAAAGAGUUGGUAAAACUGAUUGAUCCUGGUGUAAAAUCCUGGCAACCAAUGAAGGGCAAAAAUAAUGUGAUCAUGUUUGUUGGUCUGCAGGGCAGUGGCAAAACCACAACAUGUACUAAGAUGGCAUAUUAUUACCAAAAGAAAGGCUGGAAAACUUGUCUCAUUUGUGCUGACACAUUCCGUGCUGGAGCUUUUGAUCAGUUGAAACAGAAUGCCACAAAGGCAAGAAUUCCCUUCUAUGGAAGUUAUACUGAGAUGGACCCAGUUGUGAUUGCUCAGGAAGGCGUUGACAAAUUCCGUAAUGAAAACUUUGAAGUGAUUAUUGUUGACACAAGUGGUCGACACAAGCAAGAGGACUCGCUAUUUGAGGAAAUGUUACAGGUUAACAAUGCAGUGGACCCAGACAAUGUGGUGUUUGUGAUGGAUGCUACUAUUGGCCAGGCUUGUGAAGGUCAGGCCAGAGCCUUUAAGGAAAAAGUUGAUGUUGCCUCUGUCAUCAUCACAAAGUUGGAUGGACAUGCAAAGGGUGGUGGAGCUCUCAGUGCUGUUGCUGCAACAAAAAGUCCAGUGAUUUUCAUAGGGACGGGAGAACACACAGAUGACUUUGAACCAUUCAAAGUUCAGCCAUUUAUCAGCAAACUCUUAGGAAUGGGAGAUAUUGAGGGAUUGAUUGACAAAGUCAACGAAUUGAAGCUGGAUGACAAUGAGGAGUUGAUGAAGAAACUGAAGCAAGGUCAGUUCACGCUGAGAGACAUGUAUGAACAGUUUCAGAACAUAAUGAAAAUGGGGCCAUUCAGCCAAAUAAUGGGGAUGAUCCCAGGGUUCAGUUCUGACUUCUUAACUAAGGGCGGGGAACAGGAAUCGAUGGCCCGUCUGAAAAAACUAAUGACGAUUAUGGACAGUAUGAAUGACACAGAGCUUGACAGUCUGGAGGGGGAGCGUUUGUUUGCUAAGCAGACAGGUCGAGCUCAGCGUGUGGCUCGGGGAGCAGGAGUUUCUGUUAGGGAGGUCAAUGAACUUCUCACUCAGUACAAGAAAUUUGCACAAAUGGUGAAAAAAAUGGGAGGAAUUAAAGGCCUGUUCAAAGGAGGUGACAUGAGUAAGAAUGUGAACCCCGCUCAGAUGACCAAGAUUAAUCAACAAAUGGCCAAGAUGAUGGAUCCUCGAGUCCUUCAGCAGAUGGGUGGCAUGCAGGGCAUUCAGAACAUGAUGAGACAGUUCCAGCAAGGAGCUCAAGGAAAGUUUGGUGGUGGAAAUAUGUUCAAUGGAUUUGGUGACAGAUAAGAAAAUAAUCUACAACAGAAUCAGCAAUGUUUACCAGAUAGGGAAAUACCUAUCCUGGGCAUGUUAAGCAGUGGGAACAUGUUCCUACAGAUUUGGGAAUAUAUAGAGGAAUAAUGGACCUUUUCAACAUUUAUCAGCAGCUCUUUUUACAAGUGAUAAGAAUUUAGCUGGUAAUGAAUCUGUAGGUCUGUUAUCUGCAGAUUUUACAGCGAGAAAUGAUGAAACCCAGGACAUAUAAUUAGUCUAUACAGCAGAUUCUGGUGCAAAUGUUACAGGAUAGCAUGUCAACCAAAUCUUUAAUUCUUCAAAAUGUUUUUAUCCACCAAGAAAAGACUGCUUAUGUUAAUUCAGAGUUGAACAAAUUCACUUUUUGAUGGUCAUCAUACAGAUUAACAUAUCUUUGCAGAUACCUAACACACAUCCUUUUAGAGACAGUGUUGUUGAAUUAUGGUGUUCUAUUCUUCAAAAAUUGACAACACUGUAAUUUUGUGUGGUGCUACUUUGAAAUACACUUGAUAAUUUGUAUGCUGUCUUUGAAAUAUAGCUUUCAUUGUGGCAUUUGCAGUUAUCAACCUUUAUGAAAAACCUGUUAGAGACUUCAGAGAAAAAAAAAGAGAAGUCAGUUAUAGUAAUGUUAAAGAAAUGCACCUGGGCUUUAAUUUGUGGCCAGAACCUUGUAUAGUCUGAUACCUGAAGGUUAAAAAAAUUGCAGAGUGGUACAAAGUGAUUUAGGUAUAGUGGUACGAAUGAAGACAAUGCAUUACUGAUGCAAGACUCUAAAUUUACAGUUGAAUUGUUGCCCUUGAGGUAAAUACGUCAGUUAUACCAAUGUCUCUCUGUAUACGAUUGAACUGAAAAGUUCAUUGGAUGAUAUCUAGUUACUCUAAUUUCUGUUUAGAAUCUGUUCGUUGAUAGUUUUGUAAUGUCGUUCGGGUUGAAGGAGACAGAUUUUGAUAAUCCAUUAAUUUGUAAAUAAAUUUGUGAAAAAACUGAA